GCAGGACUUGAGGGAAAAAGGACAGAGCCUGGGUUAGCAGCACUAAAACGUUGCCUUUUGACUUCUUUCAGAAACAAAAGCUCUUUAAAAAAACAUUUAAAAAGCACCAAGUCUUAAAGGAUUAACGUAUCUAGACAUGACUAAAAUCAAUUUGAGCAUACUAGCUGUAGGCGUCACACUGCUCCUACUAAGGACCGGGGCCCAGAACCCCAAGAAGAAGCCGGCUCCCUCCAAGCCCCCUAAGGUUCAGUGCUGCGAUGAGGUGCGCUCACUCAAGGUCCAGGUGGCCAACCUGACCAGCCUGCUCGAGGAGUUGGGCCGCAAGCAGAAGACGGACAUGAUGAACGUUGUGAGGCAAAUCAUGGACCUGGACAAGCAGGACCACCAGCUGGAGGGCCGGGUCACUGAGGCAGAGAGCAAGUACUCAGAGAUGAACAAUCGCGUGGAGAUCAUGCAUCUCCAAACUCUGCAGUCGGUAACCCAGACUUUCUCAGAUGCCAUAUAUGACUGCGCAUCCCUUUAUGAAAAAAACUACAAGAUCUCUGGCGAGUACAAGCUCCCUAAAGACGAGUUCCUGGGUGCACCUGAGCUUAGCGUCUUCUGCGAUAUGGAGACAAACGGAGGGGGUUGGACUCUGAUUCAGCGGCGCAAAAUUGGCCUGACUUCCUUCAACCGAGACUGGAAGCAGUACAAAAACGGCUUUGGAUCCAUUCGCGGAGACUUCUGGCUGGGCAACGACCACAUCUUCCGCCUAACGAGGCAACCCAGCACACUGCGGAUUGAGCUGGAGGACUGGGAGGGACAGACACGCUAUGCUGAGUAUGGCUUUUUCACUGUAGGUAAUGAACUCAACAGCUACAAGCUCUUCAUCGCCAACUACAGCGGGAAUGCCGGAAACUCCCUACGCUACCACAACAACACCAACUUCAGCACCAUGAACAAGGACAAUGACAAAUGCGUGGAUGACUGCGCUGCCCUGCGCAAAGGUGGUUACUGGUACAACUGCUGCACCGACUCCAACCUGAACGGCGUUCUUUAUCGCUACGGUGAGCACACAAAGGGUACUGACGGGAUCACUUGGUACGCCUGGCACGGCCCCAACUACUCCCUGAAGAGAGUGGAGAUGAAGGUCCGGCCGGUGGGUUUCCAACCAUAAGCCUCAGCUGUGUCUACCGGAUCAAGAUCGUAAAUCUCUCUUAACACUUUUACGACCAAAUUGUGUUUUCAACUUAAGAGCAAGGCGAGUAAAAAGUUUUUGAUGGCCUGUUUUUACAAUCAAACAAUUUUGUGUUUGAAAAUUGUUGGGGGGGGGCGGGGUUUGCAUUCAUUAGUAACGUUUUAAUUUUUUUAAGCACUAAAUAUGCCAUUUUAAACCACUGUCCCUUACGGGCGACUGGAUUUUAAUCAGUUUUCUCAAAUUCAUAAAAGCUCUACGUUGGGUUUUAGUUAAUAUUGGUUAUAGUGGAGGUCAUGGGGCACUUGUAGGGCAUAUUUAAAGAUUUAAAGAAUAGUGUUUGUGAAUUGUUGAUGGGAUAUGACCUAUGACAAAAGGUUUUCCCAAUAAGUAGUGUCUGAUGAAGUGUCAUGAUGGAAAUAUGUAAUUUGUAAAAUGUGUACAGGUUUUGAAUGAUGCCAUUUAAUGUGAUGGAAAAAUAAAGAUAUUUUUUAAAAGAAA